AAGGGGGUAAAGCUGGGCAAUGGUCUGCUUCAGGUUUAAACGAGCGAUGUGGUGAAGAAGAAGAAAGAAAUCUAAAUGAACGAUCAAAUGGUCCGGUAUUACCAAGGCUCAAAUAUCGUUUUGAUAUAAAGUCCGAAGAAGAAAAAUCUGUGGAUAAAACUGGAUUCCGGUCUAUACCACUUAUACCUACCCCAGAAGAACUCCUUGAUGAUCGACGUAUUGAUCUUCCCAUCAACAAAAUUGAAGAAUCCUAUGAAUCAAUAGAUGAAUACCUUGAAACUCAUUACAGUUUAAUGCGCGAAGAUUUCAUUAGGUCACUUCGUGUAGGAAUCCAACGUUUAAGGAAUCCUGAUAAAGUUGAUAAAGACAAAGACAGAAAUACUGAUAUACGGAUUUAUGAGCAUACCAUGAAAUUUGCUAUUGUUGCCAGCAGACCAUUGGAAUUACUUGGAAAGCCUUAUGACUUACAAGUUGAAGUCUCUUUCAAACCAGAAGAUGCUGAAUUCGUAUGGCCAGAAAAAGGCUAUACUAUGGUUGAGUCAACAACUUAUUUUGAAGCUUAUCGUCAUAUUAUGAAUGUCCUCCAAAAUUUGGAUCCUAAGUCAUUACCUUUCAAAUCGCAAAUUGUCGACCUUGUUACAGAUAUUGAUGAACCUGAAUAUUUAAAACGUCGUCAUCCUGUAUAUGAGUUUAAAAACAUAUCUUCAUUUGAAAAGAUUAAAGAAAAUUAUGGAACAUCAAGGAUUGAUAUUAGUAAAGAAUGGCCUCCAUUAGAAAUAUUGGAUACAUCUCUUCAUUCUUCUCAGUAUGAAGCUCUUAAACAAAUGUUGACCAAACGUUUAGCAUUGAUUCAAGGUCCUCCGGGUACUGGAAAAACUUAUGUUGGUCUGACAGCUGUUCAAUUAUUAAUUGAAAAUACUUCUGGAACUAUUAUGAUUGCAUGUCAAACAAAUCAUGCUCUAGAUCAAUUUCUUGAAGGUAUUCAAAAAUUUGAACCAAAGAUAGUUCGAUUAGGUUCAAGAUCUCAAAAUGAAGAAAUAAAAAAACUGACAUUAUUUGAAAUAAGAAGAGAAUUAAAACUUUCGGAUCAGGAAUCUACUUUUAAUCCUGAUGCUAACAGAUUAUUUCGUGAGCGUAAAAUGCUUGAAAAGGAGAUGAAACCUUUACUUGAAGAAAUUCAUAAUCCGUGUGUAACAAUGGAAUUUAUUCAGAAAGAAGGCAUUCUUACUGAAAAACAAAUUGCUAGCCUUAAGGAGGAUGAUGAUGAUUGGGUUACAACUGCUGAAUUUCAAGGUGUAGAUGAAGGGAAAACAGUAUCAGGAGAAUACGUUAUUGUGCGAUCGGAUACAUUUGUAGCAUCUACAUAUGUUAAUGAAGAUGACUUGAAAAAAUAUAUGGAUUAUGAAAAUUUAUCAAAUGUUCCUCAAUAUGUGAGAGCCGCAAUGCAUAAUAAAUGGAGGCAAAAAAGAUUGGAUUUUGUAAAUAAUAAAUUGUAUGAACUUAAUAAAAAAUAUUCAAAAUUAUGCGAACAAAUAAAGUACGAAAGAAUUCGUGAAGAUCUCAUGAUUCUUAAAGAUGCUAGAGUUGUUGGAAUGACAACAACUGCAGCGGCAAAAUAUCAUGAAUUAAUCAUGAAUUUAGAGCCAAAAAUUUUAAUAGUCGAAGAAGCUGCUGAAACAGUAGAAUCGCAUAUUAUCACUGCUUUAACACCAACAAUAGAACAUUUAAUAUUGAUUGGAGAUCACAAGCAACUUCGACCAAAUAUUUCUGUCCACGAACUUGCAGAAAAACAUUUUCUUGACGUAUCACUAUUUGAACGUUUGACUAAGAAGUUAGAUUACACACCACUGACAGAACAACGUCGUAUGCGAAAAGAGAUUAGUAAACUACUAGAACCAAUUUAUGGUGAUACUCUUACUAUCACUGAUCAUGAAUCAGUUAAAGAAUACCCACGUAUUCCUGGAUUAUUCCAUGAUUUAUUUUUCUUUGAUCAUCAAGAAGAAGAAUCAUCUGUUAAAGAUUCUACGAGCAAGAUUAACAAGUUUGAAGCACAAUUAUGUGCUAAAUUUGCAUGCUUUUUGGCAAAUGGGGGAAUUGAACCGGAAAAAAUCAUGUAUUCUAGUCAACGUAAAGAAAUUAAGAAAGUUCUUCGUGAUGAAAGCAGAAAAGUUGAAGUAGAUGAAGCUGUAAAAGAUAUACAUGUUAGUUCUGUUGACGGAUUUCAAGGAGAAGAAAAUGAUGUAAUAAUCCUAUCCUUGGUAAGAAGUCGAGAUCCAAGAUGUGGUAUUGGUUUUUUGAGCGUAAGCAAUCGAGAUGCAUGUGGCCAAUCAUUAAUGUUAUUUUGCCAAAAACAUUCUAACUUUGAGACCGGCCUUGAUGGUUUGCCUAAACAGCUUGUUAUAACAUCAGUUACAUGGGCUGGAGAUAUUCCAUCGUCAGGUGGAUGUGCGAGAAAAUGUGAAGAAAUCAUGGCAUGUGGACAU